GGCAGCACUUACCUUUCCUUCUUUUUUGCAACUCGCGACCGAAACAAUUGUUUCCCAUUUCUCUGUAUUUUGUGUUUGAUCGCUGAAUCAGAAACCCAAAUAUCAGAGUAAAGAGCGAUACCAAGCUAAGCGCGAAAUGAGCGAGACCAUAAACACCGCGUCGCAGUUUCCGACGUUCGAGAAACCGACGGUUCAAUUCAACGAAAAGGGAUGGGGACCAUGCGAACUGCCGGAUACCUUUAAGGAUGUUCCAUACCAGCCGUUCAGCAAGAACGAUCGUCUGGGCAAGAUCUGCGACUGGACUAGCACUUCGAACAACGACAAGAAGUACCAGAAUAAGUACGCGUCCACCUUCGGCACCGGCAACCAGUACUCGUACUACCAUGAGGAGGAUGAGACCACCUUCCACCUGGUGGACACUGCCCGUGUCCAGAAGCCGCCUCACCAGCGGGGACGAUUCCGCAACAUGCGCAACUCUCGCUCGGGCAGGGGCAGGAACGCCCGUGGUGGUAUCAACACCCACGGCAUGACUACGCUCAGUGGAAAGAACGUGAAGGCACGCGAUCCUCGUCGUGGCAUGGGAAAGAAAUUCGGAAACCGUGGUCCGCCACCAAAGAUGCGCGAAUCAUCCGUGGCCGUGCGCGCCGACUGGGCUUCCAUCGAGGAGAUGGACUUCCCGCGGUUGAUCAAGCUGUCGCUGCCAAACAUCAAGGAGGGCGUGGACAUCGUUACUUGCGGAACGCUGGAAUACUACGACAAGACCUACGAUCGCAUUAACGUGAAGAACGAGAAGCCGCUGCAGAAGAUCGAUCGCAUUGUGCACACGGUCACCACCACCGACGACCCAGUUAUUCGGCGAUUGUCCAAAACCAUUGGCAACGUCUUUGCCACGGAUGCCAUCCUGGCCACCAUUAUGUGCUCGACACGCUCGAACUACUCUUGGGAUAUUGUCAUCGAGAAAGUCGGCGAAAAGAUCUUCAUGGACAAGCGAGACCAUACGGAAUUCGAUCUGCUGACCGUGAAUGAAACCAGCGUGGAGCCUCCAACUGACGAUGAUAGCUCUUGCAACUCGCCCCGCAACCUGGCCAUCGAAGCAACCUUCAUUAACCACAACUUCAGCCAGCAGGUGCUCAAGACCGGUGAACAAGAGGCCAAGUUCAAGUUCCAGGAGAGCAAUCCCUUCAUUAGUGAGGACGAGGACAUCCAAGUGGCUAGCGUAGGCUACCGGUACAAGAAGUGGGAGUUGGGAAGCGACAUUGUUUUGGUGGCCCGUUGCGAACACGAUGGUGUUCUGCAGACUCCCAGCGGCGAACCGCAGUUUAUGUCUAUCAAGGCUCUUAACGAAUGGGACUCCAAGCUGGCCAACGGAGUGGAGUGGCGCCAGAAAUUGGACACGCAACGUGGUGCUGUGUUGGCCAACGAAUUGAGGAACAACGCCUGCAAGCUGGCUAAGUGGACCGUUCAGGCCGUGCUUGCUGGCUCCGAUCAGCUGAAAUUGGGUUAUGUCUCGCGUAUCAACCCAAGGGAUCACUCCCGCCAUGUCAUUUUGGGCACGCAGCAGUUCAAGCCGCACGAGUUCGCCACCCAGAUCAAUCUAAGCAUGGACAAUGCCUGGGGCGUUCUGCGGUGCAUUAUCGAUUUAGUGAUGAAGCAAAAAGACGGCAAGUAUCUGAUAAUGAAGGACCCCAACAAGCCGAUCAUCCGAUUGUACGACAUACCCGACAACACAUUCGACUCCGAUGAUUCGGACGAUGGCGAGGGUGACGAUGGCGAAGGAUUCCAGCAGGUCUACAACUACGCGAACAACAGCAACAAGAUUUAGACGCCACGCCCCCACACCUACGUACUCCAGCACGAACUUCCAGAGUUUGGCCAACGCCGUCUCAGCCCGCUAAUCAGAAUCACUCUUGAUGUCCUUUGGAAGAAAAAGCCCUCUUCUAGGCCUUAGCUUUAAGCCUUUGUAUUUGAAUUGUAGCCAGCUAAUUCCUAGUAAACCGCAGAGGGUACAAAAAAA